UGCACAGUCUUUGUCACCUCUGUACCAGUUUGGGUGACUGAACGCGUGGGUUGGUCCGCCAUAAGAGCGACGUGGGCCAGGGAUGCCAGCUUUCCUCUGCACACCGGUGACGUCAGCGUGGACGCCCUCGUACUGUUCGCCAUGGGCAGGCCCACCUCCUCACCGCUUCAGCACCAGACACAGGUCAAAAUAGCCACAGAAGCGGCGUUGCACCAAGACAUCAUCGAGGGCUCCUUCCCGGGCACCUUCAGCGCUUCCCUGCCGCUCAACGCCAUUAUGCUCAAGUGGGUGUCCCUGGCAUGCCCGCAAGCGAGCUACGUCGUCAAGGUAUCGGAUGACUCCUUCGUUAACAUGCGACGCCUGCGCGAUACUCUCGGAGCGGCGCAGCUUCGUACCUCUGUCAUCUACGCCCAUAUUUACCGCAAACCUUCCGUGUGGAACGGCCACAAACUAACAUUCAUUAGGGACAACAUCUGUGUAGCUUGCGGCUAUGCAAUGAGUGGCAAUGCGGUGCCCCAGCUUCUUAACCGGUCUACGCACGGCGGCUUCACCAGCGUCGAACACCUCUUCUGGAGCGCUGCUCAGGACCGCGUUGCCCCGCUAAGACUCGUGAACAUGCAGGCGUUCUCCACCUACUCGCGGCGAGGGCUCGGACAACUUUCCUUGUGGCGUAAGGGACGCCAUUGCAAGCCACCACUUGAGCGCAGAUGACAUGCAUGAGGCGUGGAAAGUGUUGCACAAUGGCACCGCACCGUGUGCCGAUAAACGCACUGAAUCAGAAUUACGUGAUGCCUAGCAUCGAGCGAUACUUCAGCAUAUUACGCA